AUGUCUAAAUCCAGCACUCCCACUCAUUUUUCUGGUGAAACAGAUCAUUUUUAUGAUCCUAAUUUCACAGCUGAAAUAAGCCAGAAAAUGAGGGUACCUAAGCGCAUUAAUGUUGAUGGAGUUUGUGACAUGCCGAAUGUAAAUAAAAAUGAUUUCAAUGCUUGGAUGCCUGCUGAGAAACUUGAAAUGCAUGUGCCAGAAAAAAUUGUUGUUGCUGGUCAUGACGAACAUUUUGGAACUAGAACGAUUCCAAGAGAAAUGGCACUUGAUAACUCCAUUAUGCCACCGGAUCCGGGUAUAAUUCGAGUCCAGACACCUCCAAGAGUGAUAACCAUUGAUUCAGUGUAUUAUCCGGAAGAUGCAUAUCAGCCUCCACCAGCAUAUGUUGAAAUAAACCAUCGAAAACCUCAUUCGGAUGGUGACCGCAGACUAGAUUUGAGUACUGCCAGUGUCAAUCUGAAUGAAAGCAUCGCUGCAGCUGAGGGAAUGUCUUUAAAUGAAGAAGUUGUUCAUUUACGUAGACAGUUGGCAAAAUUGAACCGAAGGAUCAUGUCUAUAGAAUUAGAAAAUAUGCAGCGUCAAACUAGAGACAAAGUUGUGUUUGCUGUUGGUUUAGCAUAUUUUUUCUUCAAAACUGUUUUGUGGUUGAGUCGUUCAAAUUAG